GUUCAAUAUGCGAGCCCCUCCAUGCUGAGACAUCCGAAUGCGGCGUUGUUUGUUCUCGGGCAGAAAGCACGGGCCACCCAUCACAUGUUCCAUUCGUUCUCUCCGCCUUCAGUUUUGGGCUAUUUUGAUGGACUUCUCUUAAAGCUAUCAGCAACAACUUGCUUACUUGCACCCAUCUGCCGCAAAACAGCCCACUGCAAGAAUCCUUAUACCUAAAUUACGAUAUUGCAAGGACAAGCAUAAUUUUCAGGACCCCUCAAAGAACAAGAAAAGAAAUUUAAAAAUUUCAACAAUGGCAGACAAGUCCAAGUCUGCCUACGGUGUCGCCUCCGACGACACCUCCUUCCGCAAGACAUGGAACCGCGAAGAAUACGCCAGGAAAGCCGCAGAGGAAGAAGCCAAAUCCAAAGAGGAAUCCAAGGCGCGAUAUGAAGCCAAGCUCGCGGGAAAGAAAUACCAUGCUCCCGUCGACUACAGCACUCUGGAGGCGACGUCCUCGCGCAAGCAACGACUAGAUGUGGCGUCGAUGGUGGGAAAGACGACGAUAGUGCCAGCUGGUGCGGGAGUGGGAAAGAGAGGAAGAAGUGCUGGUUUCUACUGCCCCGACUGUGACCUUACGUUCAAGGAUAACAUACAGUUGGUGGAGCAUCUGAAUAGCAAGCAGCACUUGAUCGCCACCGGACAGAGUGGAGAAGUCGUUCGUGCAACGGUGGAAGAUGUACGGAACAGAUUGCGCUGGUUGGCGCACCAGAAGCGAGUGAAGGAGGAAGAACAGCGAAAGGCCUGGCAGCUAGAUCUGGGAGCUCGACUUAAGGAGAGAGAAGAGGAAGAAGCCCGCGAGCGCGAGGAAAAGCGCAGAAAACGGAAUGAGAAGCGGAGAAAGGCGAAGGAAGGCGAGGACGGAAUCAAGCAAGAAGACGGUUGGGAGGGUAGGCUGGGAAUCAUCGCAUGAGCUAUCUACAUUGUGCCGGUUGCGGAGUCUACAAUUAUACCCAUGGCGUUUUGGUGCAGGAGGCCUUGGCUGGUCAUAUUACAAUUCAGAGCCAGGAAAAGUAGUUAU